GGAAAUGUGGCCCUGACUGUCCCGUUUCUUUUGUAGCCCUGAAAAUGGGGUCUGGGGAGCGCAACAUGGCAACAAAUCGCACAACAAAAAGAAUUUGUUCUGAAACAAUCUGAAGUUGUUAAGCUCUUCCCGGAGCCCUUUGGGGCCCAGGAAGACGAUGCAUCGUGGUGGGGAUAAGGACUUUCAGAUAUCAGCUCGAAAGAUGGGCACAUCCUUGCUUUUCCAGCUGUCGGCUCAUGAAAGAGAGUUGGAUUUGGUGUUCCUGGACCACAGCUAUGCCAAACCAUGGAAUGCCCACCCAGAUGCCAGCAGUGCCCGGCCCACAAGGACACUGUUUGUGACCCCUCGUCGCCAAACCGAAGCCUUGUCAGACUCGGAUUCUGUGUUAGAUGUGGAGACCGUGACAUCGACACCGGUUCCUCUUUAUGAUAAUCAGAAAGCUCUUAGUGUGAUGAGGGAGUGUGAGCGUCACGUUCUGUUUGCUCGCACGGUUGCUGAGAGUCCUCCACCCCCCGAUGACUGGGAGGAACAUGUAAACAAGACUGGAUGGUCAGUGGCCCAGAACAAACUGUUCAAUAAAGUCCUUAAAGCUCUACAAGCUGAAAGACUGGCCCGCCUGGCCAAUGAAAAUGCUUCCAAUGAGCCAAUCUUGCGGAUAGCCGUGGACAAGUGUGCCAGGAAGGUGCGACAUGCAUUAGCCAGUGUGAACUGGGAUACCAAACUGACACAAUGGUUACACACUACCAUGAUUGAAUCCUUAAGCCUUGCUAUGCUUGCUGCUUACCUGGAUGUGCUGCAGACUCUCAAAAGCAAGUUGCCGUUGCUGAUUGACAGAAUGUUGCUGACAACAGCAAAGACUGGCACUCCAAGUGCAGAGGCCCUGUCACUGCUAUUGAAACGGCCCUGGGACCCGGCUGUUGGAGUCCUGUCUCAAAACAAACCGAGCAAACUUCCUGGCUCGCCACUCAUCUUAAUUGCACCAUCAAGCCCAACCAAUCCUGCCCUCUCUACUUCAAGGCGAAUGAGAUUCUGGCAGUCGCAACUCUCUUGUUUGGGAAAGGUCAUUCCAGUGCACAGUCAUGUGAACAGCGGAGCCAAUAUUGGCAUCACACAGUGCUUAGAGCACAUGUUGGGCACCGUCAGAGCCAAGGUCAUGGAGGUUCACAGUCACUUCCCCCACAAACCCAUUAUCUUGGUUGGCUGGAACGCUGGUGCUCUUAUCGCCUGUCACGUAUCUCUUAUGGAGUAUCUGACCGCUGUAGUGUGUCUCGGCUUCCCCCUGCUAACAGUCAACGGGCCAAGAGGGGAUGUCGAUGACCCGCUGCUGGACAUGAAGACCCCAGUGUUGUUUGUGGUCGGUCAGAAUGCUCUGCAGUGUAGCAUAGAGGGCAUGGAGGAGUUCAGAGAGAAGCUGAGGGCAGAUAACAGCAGUGUGGUGGGAGGAUCAGAUGACAACCUCAGAAUCAAUUCGGCAAAGAUGAAAUCAGAGGGACUAACGCAGACCAUGGUCGACCGUUGCGUUCAGGAUGAGAUAGCUGACUUCUUGUCAGGUGUCCUGACACGGGCAGAGGGCCACGGCCAUGGCUCAGGGGAGAUGAGGGACCUGGACACAGAGAAGAAGAAAAGGCCUCGGCGGGAGCUUCCCUUUGACAUGGAGAGAGGACGACCUUCCUCGCCUGCUAGAGUUCCCAUCUCACCUUCAGGUUCAGAGGAUCUGUCUAGCGUCUGUAGUAGUCCCACUUCAAGUCCAAAACCUAAGACGUCUGGUCUCUCUCCAGCACAGAAGUCCAGUCUGAUUACAGCCACGCAGCUCCUCAAGACACACAUGCAACGCUCUGGCACAGUACUCACUCCUAAGCAGGCUCAAGUGCCAGUGACCAGUGAUCAGAUGGAGGGCCUGGACAGAGAUGAACUGAGGUCCCAUGGCAGGAGGAGGCAGGCGCCUAGUCCCACGCCAAGCAAAGCCACCAAGAGAGCCAAGAUCAAGGUCACCAUUGUUUCCCAAAGCGAGUCAGCAGGGGGCACCAUCAGCCCUGCUGCACAGGAAGUGGGUGUCUCUGGGAAGCCCUUAAGAGUGACAGUGGGACAGACUAUGGCUGGAGCCAAGGAGCUCACUGGACUUCUCACAGGCCAGCGGUCUGGUAGUCUCUCAGAGGUAUCUGGUGCCCUGUCCCCAGGCUCCUGCUCAUUCAACAGCGUGCAACCUUGCAUGGUGUCAGGGUCCUCCACACCAGUCCAGGCGCAAGCUCCGGCUACUGCCCAAGCGCCUUCCGCCAGCAGUCUACUACAAGGCCUAAGUUUCAGUCUUCAGGAGAUCAUCACCAAAGCUCCUAGCUUGCCCACCACAUCAGUCAAUACAGGCAGCACCCAGGCGGUCUGUGGCAAGCUCCAGGGUCAGGUCCUGCGCUCCGUCUGUACCAGCAACAGUACUCUGCUCCGGGCGUUGCCUGUGGUUACCACAGGAGGAGUGGCUAAAACCACCGCCAUCCACCAGUUGCUCAUUAAUGGCGGGCUGGCCAAGCUUGCCAGCAGCUUGCCCGGCUUGGCGCAGAUCACCAAUCAGACUGCUGGUAUGUCCCGAACUGCCAAAACACGACGGCCACGUUGAAUGCUCAGAGGUCAUUCAUCCUUUGUUUUGGAAACACUAGUUCAGGACGUCUGUAGGCCAGGGAGGAGGCCGCAGUAGACGACCGUAGAGGAGGACAGCUCUGCCGACGUCUGCGUGCAUGUGCGUGUGUGUAGAUGGUUUGCCUGGAAAAACUUGACUGUUAUCAGGUGGGCAGAUAUACAGCACCGGAGGGCAAAUCAGUGCCGUACAACAUGUUUUGUUUUCAUGUUAAGAGUCAUAUUGGAAAUGUAGGGUCUAAAGUUUGAGCUCCCAGCUUAUGUUUGACACAUAAUGUUUAAGUAGAAGUGGAUGCAAAUGUAAAAUAAAUAUAAAUGUAUGAAACGAUUUGAUACAGAAUUGUGAAUUAAGUUGAAACCAGUGUGAGUAUGAUUGACCAACUUUAAUAUGAUGCCUAAAAGUUGUCAGAUUUUGUUUCUCCCUUCAUGUUUGUUUGCCUCCAUGUAGUAACAUUUGUAAACUCUUCCAUCAAAUCACCUGCUUAUAAUAUCCAUAUGUUUGAAUGCUUACAGAGAUGUGGUGAAAAGCAAUAACAUGAGCACAUGGCAUUACCCAAGCUGUUUCCUGUUACAAUAAAGACUGGAAUCAAACUCA